CACGCAGAAAGGCACUUCCGGCACGACAGCCAUGGUCUUGGCGCCGGGUCCGAACGCGGAGGCCGCGCGCAAGAAGACGGGCAAGAAGCGGGGCUGGAGACGUCGGGCGCGGCCGGGUGGCGGAGCCCCGGAACACCCCGCCAGGCCGCACCCCGCGAGGCCCCCGCAGCACCACGAGGACUUCUCCCGGAACUGGAAGGCUCUGCGCGAGCUGCUAAAACAGAAGCCGCAAGCCUCAGAAAAGCCCAUGGGUGUCUCUCAGACGACGCCCCAAGUUAUUCAGCCAAAAAAUACCCCUGCUCGUAUCAAGAAAGAGGAGACACAGAGUCAGGGGCCAGAACGUGAGGCUGACAAGAGGAAGGGGCCAAUUCAGCUGGAGGAGAAAGGAAGCAAGAAAAGGGCUCACGGAGACCCAGCUCUGAAGUCAACCUAUCCUGGGCCCAAGAAGCAGAAAGGCCCAGUGGCCCCUGCACCCCCACGCAACCCCACUGAAGAGGACCUGUGGUUUGAUGACGUGGACCUGGCGGACAUCGAGACUACCCUGGGCCCCGAGGCAGGUCGUAUCAUCAGACAGCGAAUGGGCCGGAGGAAGGUGGCCAUGACACUGGAGAAGGAGCAGGCCUUCACAGGCCUGACCAAGGCUUUGGCAUUGGACUGCGAGAUGGUGGGUGUAGGCCCUGGUGGCGAGGAGAGCGUGGCGGCUCGUGUGUCCCUGGUGAACCAGUUCGGCAAGUGCGUGUACGACAAGUACGUGAAGGUCAAGCAACCUGUGACAGACUACAGGACUGCAAUCAGCGGUGUGCGACCCCAGCAUCUUUUGCAGGGAGAAGACUUUGAAGUGGUCCAGAAGGAGGUGGCCGAUAUGCUCAAGGGCCGGGUGCUCGUGGGCCAUGCGCUACACAACGACCUCAAGGUGCUGUUUCUGGAUCACCCCAAACGGAAAGUCCGGGACACGCAAAAAUACAAACCUUUCAAGACCCAAGCCAAGAGUGGGAGGCCAUCUUUGAAGCUCCUUGCAGAAAGGAUCCUAGGGGUACAGAUCCAGCAGGCUGAGCACUGUUCGGUUCAGGAUGCCCAGAUAGCCAUGAGGCUCUACAUCACUGUGCGGAAGGAGUGGGAGAAGGCUCAGAACCGCCGAAGUCUGUGAGCCUGGGCAGGACAGCGACUGGAUGUGCGACUCAGCAUCCCAGCAGCCUGGACAUGAGCCUGCCCCUUUGCAGCUGUGCCCCAAGAUGGCCUUCAACCGCACCCUGGGAGUAUAAUCAGGGCCAGAUGGCAGCACUUGGGUGGACUGGGCUUGGGGUCUGUGGGAUCUCUCCUCACUGCCCCCAGCCACCGUGGAUACCACUGCUGUUGCCUCAGGCAGCCAAGGAGAGGGGGCACUAUAGGCAGUUGGACUAGAGGCAGAAGCAGCACAUUGUGCUAUCAGGGUUUACCAGCUCCCACCACACAUAUGUCAGCACAGACCUGUGAGCUGAUGGCACAUAAAUGCGCUUUACUUGA